AACGACCACAUAAGCAUGAACGUGUGUCAGAGACAUUUCCUAAUGAAGUGACACAUGGCUAAGGAAUCUGCAAGAUUGGUGUUCCUCAUUUGCUGCCUCAAGUUCUUGGAUUGCUUUGCCAUUCAUUUAGAAUUUAGUCUCAUCACUUGAAUUUAGUAACUCUGGUAUCCUUGUCAAUUUCACUGUUUUUUUUUUCUUCUGCUCUUUCUGCACAGGAACUGGUCCAUUAUUGAAACCCAACUCAAGAAUUUUCAUUCUUUUUGAACAAAAAUGGCAUCUUCUGCUUUGUUUUGCCACUCAAUUAAUCCUUCUUCUUCAGUUUUUUCAAGAACCCAUUUCCCAUUACAAAUCUUUAACAGCUCCUCACUUGAAUUCUCUUCUUUUGCUCAUUGUAACUUCUGCUUGAAAAGCAGGAAGAGUGACCUAAACAAGAAAUUAACGCAAGUGAAAGCUGCAGUUACUGAGUCACCUACUGUGACCGAAUCAAAUGGGAAACCAUCAGAUCAAAAGAAAUUGCGGAUUCUUGUUGCUGGGGGUGGGAUUGGAGGGCUGGUUUUUGCAUUGGCAGCUAAAAGGAAGGGGUUCGAGGUGUUGGUUUUUGAGAAGGAUACGAGUGCAAUAAGAGGAGAAGGGCAAUAUAGAGGUCCGAUUCAGAUACAGAGCAAUGCAUUAGCUGCUUUGGAGGCUAUUGAUUUAGAGGUUGCUGAAGAGGUUAUGAAAGCUGGGUGUAUCACUGGUGAUAGGAUUAAUGGGCUUGUUGAUGGGGUUUCUGGUACUUGGUACGUCAAGUUUGAUACCUUCACUCCUGCAGCAGAACGAGGGCUUCCAGUCACAAGAGUUAUUAGCCGAAUGACUUUGCAACAAAUCCUAGCUCGUGCUGUUGGAGAAGACGUGAUUCUCAAUGAAAGUAAUGUUGUUAAUUUUGAGGAUCACGGGAAUAAGGUCACUGUGAUGCUUGAGAAUGGACAGCGUUACGAGGGUGAUCUCCUAGUUGGUGCUGAUGGAAUAUGGUCAAAUGUGAGGAAGAAUUUAUUUGGGCAUAAGGAAGCCACAUACUCUGGCUACACUUGUUAUACUGGCAUUGCAGAUUUCGUGCCUGUUGAUAUUGAGACUGUGGGGUAUCGAGUAUUUUUGGGUCAUAAACAAUACUUUGUUUCUUCAGAUGUGGGUGCUGGAAAGAUGCAGUGGUACGCAUUUCACAAGGAACCACCUGGUGGCAUGGAUAGACCUAAUGGUAAAAAGGAAAGGCUGCUACAAAUAUUUGAGGGUUGGUGUGACAAUGUAACAGAUUUGAUACUUGCCACAGAAGAAGAUGCCAUUCUUCGACGUGACAUAUAUGAUAGAGCACCCAUAUUUACAUGGGGAAGGAGUCGUGUGACCUUGCUUGGAGAUUCAGUCCAUGCCAUGCAGCCAAAUAUGGGUCAGGGGGGGUGCAUGGCAAUUGAGGAUAGUUAUCAACUUGCAUUGGAGCUUGAUAAAGCAUGGAAACAAAGCAUUGAAUCAGGAACACCCAUUGAUGUUGUUUCAUCCCUAAAGAGCUAUGAGAGUGCUAGAAGACUUCGAGUUUCCAUCAUCCAUGGAAUGGCAAGAAUGGCAGCAAUUAUGGCUUCAACUUACAAGGCGUAUUUGGGAGUUGGCCUUGGUCCAUUGUCGUUCUUGACAAAGUUUCGGAUACCACAUCCAGGAAGAGUUGGUGGGAGAUUUUUUAUUGACAUAGCAAUGCCUUUAAUGCUCAGUUGGGUCUUAGGUGGUAAUAGCUCAAAACUUGAAGGGAGGUCUCAAUGUUGCAGACUCUCAGACAAAGCUAGCGACCAGUUACGGACAUGGUUUGAAAACGAUGACGCACUGGAGCGUGCUCUUAAUGGAGAGUGGUUUCUUUUACCGUGUGGGAAUGAUGACGUUGUUUCAGAACCUAUCUGUUUAAGUAGGGAUGAGAACGCACCCUGCAUGGUUGGUAAUGUGUCGCUUGAAGAUUUUCCUGGAAGGUCUAUAGUGUUACCCUUGUCACAGGUCUCCAAUAUGCAUGCUCAUAUUAGCUAUAAAGAUGGUGCUUUUUACCUAAUUGAUUUGGGGAGCAAACAUGGCACCUUUAUCACACAUAAUGAAGGGAGACGACAUAGGGUGCCUCCAAACUUUCCUACUCGAUUUCACCCAUCAGAUGUGAUUGAGUUUGGUUCAGAUGAGAAGGCAAAAUUUCGGGUUAAGGUGAUGAGAUCUCCUCCGAAGAUUAAAGAGAUGGGAGAAAGUGAAUUGCUUCAAUCAGUAUGAUCUGAAGUUCAACUUUUUCCAGGUCACCAAGGAAGUUGUACAGCAUUUAUUUGGGGCAGUGGAGCAAAGUAAAUCUGCUGCAUUUUGUUGAAGCUAAAAUUUACCGAGUACAGAACAUUACACUCUACUUGCAAAACUAGUCCAAUUGUCUGUGAAACCUGGAAACAUGUAUUGUAACCUCCACAUUCACAAAAUCAUCAAUACAAGCCGCUGUUGGUAUA